CCAGUAAAAGUUCGUGUUGUUGUGAUGUAGCUCUCAGCCGAGGGACUUUACCCUCCUGAGACCGGUUCCGACCAGUUACCGCCCGCUCAUGCUCCUCUUCUCCGGCCUGAGGAGCGUCUGCCAACGGUCGCGGCUCCGCUCGUUCACCGGGCGAAAGCUAAGCUAACCGCCGGCUAAAGCUAACCACCGGGCCGCCGAGUCUGAGAUGAGCCGCGGUUCGUGUCGCUCGUCCCGUCCAGCUGUGUGACCCGGUACCGUGUGUGAGGACAGACCGGUACCAACACGAUGUGGCAGAGCCUCGGCCUCACGCUGCUGGUCAUCGUGGCCACGCUGGUCUGUGCGCUGCUCUUCAUGAUGUUCGGUUGGUACGUCGUCUGGCAGCUCUUCCUCUCCAAGUUUAAGUUCCUGCGUGAACUCAUCGGGGACGCUGGCACCCCGCAGGCCGAAACUCAACCGUCCGACACCAAGAGCGAGCGUCUGAGCGGGGGCCCAGCGAGGAGCCGGGGCCGGUCCACACGCCAAAGAGUCUCCUUCCCAGAGAGCACCUCGUAGAGGAGCACAGCUGCUCCUCCUCACCGGGACACUUCACUCUGAGCAGGCUGACCUCCUUCAUCUUCAUCACUGUUUCCUGUUUGUUCUUUGAGUCCGAGCUGCUUCCUGUCUGGGGGGGGUCGUGUUUUUAACGAUGAUGAACCGUUUACCUGACGAGUCUGAAACACAACGUGCAAUGAAUCUGGAGCCGGAGGUGACCCCGUCAGACCCCGUCUGAUCCUGACUGACCCCGUCAG